UAAACCUGAUGUCUUAGUGAUUAUUACAUAUGCUUCUUUAAUAUGAUCUAGGGUUUUACAGACAAAAAUGAAAAUAUUCACACCGGAUAAGAAAAAGAUAUGUAUACUGCUCAAACGUAUUCUGGAUCAGAUGUAGAAAUUACUGGCUGACUAGAAUAAGGUAUAUGGUGGUUGUAUAUGCGCUUGUUAUUUUAAAUAAUAUUUUCCUGACGUCGAGGGAACUAUCUCAACAUAUUACACAAAAUAUAAUCUUAGAUAUGUUUAUGACUCUAGUUUUUCUUAUAUGUAUUAUCUUUCAAAAUGCCAUUAGUUUUGACUGUGAGGACAUCUUUUUCGGAGUACAAGAUUUUCAUUUGUGUCCGAAAAAUUGUAUUGUGUGUUCAUUACACAAUUCAUGUAUACACUGUUUGAGACAUAGUUCAGGAAGUUCUUGUCGGGCAAAGUGUACCAUUGGUUGUGCUGAAGUUUACGUUACCAAUGGAACGUUACUUAGAGGAUGUUCUACUGAGAAACUAGCCGAUACAUGUUGUAUGACCUGUCCACACUAUAGCUUUUGCUCAGAUUGUCUUCAAUUUAAUGGUACGUGUUUGAAAUGUUCCUCUGGAUUUUAUCGUAGUCAAACUUCAAGUUAUUGCGACAAAAAAUGCGGUCAUUGUCAGCCAGACGGCAAUGGCCUUGUAGAAUGUGACAUUAACACCGGUGAUUGUAAAGAUGGUUGUAGCGGUGGUUAUUAUGGUCGUGGUUGCGACGAGACAUGCAAUAAAAAUUGCCUUGUUCUUAAAACAAACAGCAUAGAAUGCGAUAGGCAAUCAGGAAAAUGCAUAUAUGGAUGUGUUCCCGGGAGAUAUAGCGACAGCUGUGAAAGCAUUUGCAGCAACACUUGUUUAGAUAGUUCUUGUGACCAACAGUCCGGGACAUGUAUUUUAGGUUGCAUUCAUGGCUUUUAUGGUGGAAUGUGCGAAAAGAAUUGUAGUGAAACAUGUGCUCGCUUAUCUUGCAACCAAACGACUGGCCAUUGUACACAUGGAUGCGUUCCUGGUCGGUACGGUUACUUUUGUGAAGAUGUUUGUAGCAGCAAAUGUCAAAAUAGCAUAUGCAUGCAGACAACUGGCCACUGCAAUGGUGAGUGUCUACCGGGAUGGUAUGGUGAAACAUGUAAUAUAAAAUGUAGUAACACAUGUUUCGGGAACGUCUGUAAACCAUUGUCUGGAUACUGUAAUAAUGGCUGUUCAGCUGGAUGGUACGGGGACACAUGUGAAAAAGCCUGCAGUAGUUCCUGCUCAGACAAAACUUGUAACCAAACGUCAGGCUUCUGUCAAAAUGGGUGUAGUCCAGGUAGCUACGGCGACAUGUGUGAAACAGAGUGCAAUGACACUUGCCACGAUAAGACGUGUAACCAAAUCAGCGGUGGCUGUAUAUAUGGCUGUGCAAGAGGAUGGUUCGGUGACUCAUGCGCUGAAGCAUGCAGCGAAACAUGUUUCAACAGAUCAUGUGACCAGUUUUCAGGACUUUGUAAUGGAGGAUGUGUUUCAGGUUAUUAUGGUAGCAACUGUGAGAAAAACUGCAGUUAUGAUGUCUUGUUCGAAUUAUGUGACAACAGUACGGCGUCGCAGUGUUCACGAGAAUGCACGACGAUGGUUAUGCAAGGCGUCUGGAACAAAUUUUCAGUUUCCUCCACCAACCGGUCUUCUACGUUGACAGUUAGCACGUAUAUUCUAGCUGGAGUUGUUUCUGCAAUUUCAUUUGCAUUAGCGACAUGUUUCGUCCGAAGGGUCCUACUAAAUAGAAGACACAAUCUCCAAAAAAAUCUUGAACUACCAACAAUAGAAACUACGGAGCCAAUAUACGAAGAAAUAGAUGACAUUUAUGGUCUUGAACUACCAACAAUAGAAACUACGGAGCCAAUAUACGAAGAAAUAGAUGACAUUUAUGAUAGCACAACUUUUGAAAACGACCCUAUACACGUUGAUAACAAGAGCAUGAUAACUACAAAAUCAGCAUGUGGCAUAUCUCAUACUAGUAGUUAUGAACUGAACCGAGCUGAAACUCUUUGCCCCUGCCGAGGAAGCUAUGAAAUCCCAGUAUCAAGUGCAACCUUGAUGUAUGAAAACAUGGAUGUUGCUAGAAUUGAUGAAAAACAACAUAGAAAUCCUCAAGAUAUCUCAGGCAUUAGUAAUGACUUUGAAAGAGAGUUUGAAUGUAAAGUUACUAAAUCAAUCCAUUCCAGCACUACGAGUGAAACUGGAGAGACUGAAAAGGAUGACACUUAUGGUGGAGUGAACGAGAACCAAGGCGAUGAAGAUCACCCGAAUAAAAACCCUUCUACAAGUGCUAAUAGAGAAAGCGUACUUUACCUGCAUCCUAAGAUAUAACUAUGUGUAAACCGUUUAGAAUAUUUUGUGUUUGGUGGGAAUAGUAAGGUCAGAUCUGGACAGACUUGAAAAAGCAUAAUAUUUUCGGUUAAAUUUGAUAAUUCAGUACCUUAAACGUGAAAGAGAGAUCUCAAUGUUACUUUGACUCUAAGUUUAAUGCAUUUAAAAAUAAUAAAAAUUCAGAUGUAUGCGUUGUGUAGCUUUAUAACUAAAAGGACUUGACUUUAGUUCUACAACUUGAUUCAAGUAACAAAGUGACCAAAUGUCUUAUGCAAUAAAUUUGUUUAGCCCAUUUUAAAAUUACCGGCAUAUUUAUAAAUUGAACUAUAUGGCAUAUAUUUGAUUUUGCUAGCUAAGUGAAUGCAUAUUACUUGAGGACCGUGUUAAAUUUAGCUACAUAGGUAAUUGUCCUCUAUUAGUAUUUAACCCUGAAUGUGUAGAUAUAUUUGAUAUAUACAAUCAGCUUAUUAUUCUUAUAGGCUUAAAGAUCUUUUAACAACUGAAACAAUUAGAUCUGCUUAAAACAUCUUUAAGUCAUUUUACUUUAUAUGUGUACAAAUAUCACAUGACCUUCAUUUAAAGGUACUAAAUAAAGACAAAUAAAAAAAAAACAUAAAUCUUAAAAAAAGACUACACAUUUUGAAAUAUACUAUUAAACAUUACGAUAGCUGUGCAAUAUAUUCUUCAAGACAAAACAUGUGCAGAGGAACGAAUGAUUGUUUUUUUUUAUUUUCUUAGACUGACAUUGGUGGUCAUGUUGUCCUACUUUAGUGUUUAUCGUUUUUCCGUAAUCGAUCGGAAAUUCUUCGG